GCCGCCGACCUUGAACCGUACCACAAAACACAGCAGAAGAAGUGUGGGCUAUAACCAAUGCGGGGCAAUGGGUCUACUUGAUUCUUGCUGACCUCCAGUGGCGAUUGGCCCCCACAGCCAUCUGUCAACAUGCAAGGAUUCUACUCCAAGCUCGACUCCUCCCCCUCCUUAUCCCCAUUAUUGGGGGUGGGCCUUGGGGGAGACAGCGCUCCUGUACCUCUAAGCUUGGCUGUGGAGACGGAGAAAGCCCAGGCCCUCCUACAGACAUUCAGCUCUGCCUCCUUGCUGGCAUCUGCAGGACUCGGUAUGUUCUGUGUGGUGGCGGACCACGCCCUCCAGCUGUCGGGCAUCCAAAACCACCUGUGGCUGCGUGCUGCCCUGGACAAUGCCACACAUGGAUUAGUGGGGCUGUGGUCAUGGGCGGUUGUUAUUGGACUGAGGAAAAAGAGUGAUCUGUAUGAGGUGUUGCUGGCCGGUCUUCUGGCAUCAAUCAUAGACCUGGAUCACUUCUAUAUGGCUGGAUCCCUGUCACUCAAGGCUGCUGUGUCUCUCCCUCAGCGUCCUCCUCUACACUGUUCCUCUCUCAUCCCCGUGCUCUGUCUCUCCCUCCGCUUCCUCAUGUGGAUCGGACGCCUCAAAGAUGCUUGGUGCUCCUUGCCGUGGAUGCUUUUCAUUUCCAUGGCGACGCACCACGUCCGGGAUGCCGUGCGCCACGGAUUGUGGGUGUGCCCAUUUGGCAACACGGCACCAAUCCCCUACUGGCUGUAUGUCAGCACCACGGCGACCCUUCCUCACCUUUGCUCAGUGCUCAUGUAUCUGACAGGAACUAGAGAUGUGAUCUCCACCAAACACGGGGUGGCCAUCGAUGUUUAGAGGCCACUGACUUAUGUCUAAUGCCCAACAUCUAAUGCUGAUCUUUUAUGGAUUGCCUCUGGGAAAAAUGUUCUAAGCUGUUUGAAACAACUUUUAAAUACUGGCAAUUAUGUUUGCAAUCCAAGUCGUAUUAGUGGAAAGACUACACUCAAAAGAUCAACUUGACUAUUUUUCCAGCUUAGGUGUGGAGAAAUCUGUCAAUAAAAGUCUUUUUCUGAUUUCUUUCCAGUCACAAGGCUGAAGAAACAAUCACUAUAUGAUAAUAGAAAAUAAAAAAAAAAAAACACUUAAAAUCUAAAAGUUUGGGUUCCUUGAAAUAACUAAUUAGCAUUUCAAAAAGAACGUUCCAGUGUGAGUGCCAAUCACAAUUUUUUUUCCCCUUGUAACGUGGAAAUGUUAAAGAAUGCUGUUCACGCAUCUAGACUGAUGCUGAUCUCUAAUAGCUGUCUUAGGUGUUUUCAGAGUGACCCUUUAAAGCUUUGACAUAUCUUUUUGCAGAGGCUUGCUUGCUGUCUGUUCAUCUAUCCAAACCCAAAUAAGCGACCCAAAACUUGGUCCUCUUGGAACUCUUAUCACUUUAACUACCACUGUCCAUCCUCGUCCUAAGAACACUCAAGGAAAAGUCAACCAAAGGUUAACCACAGGCUGUGUGACACUGGCACAUUGUUUGCAGUGUCACUUUCUCCCUCAGUGCAUCCAACACUAUGUUACCACUAUUAUUCCACUGUGCAUUUAAAGUUGUUCAUCUGCCAUAGAAGUGAAAUUCAAUGUAAUGUAGAUUGAUGUUUAAAUCGAUACCGCAUUCCAUUGACUUAUCCACCAUUAACCACUGCAAAACAAUAAUUGUCAUCUGUAGUGUCAUUAAAUGCAACACCUGUCCCCUCUCAUUGUCCAGUCAAAAACAACUUUCCCUACAGAUGCCAGUUUUUGGAUGUCAGCGCUGCAGCAGUGGUUUUCAGUGCCAAACAUGUCAGCCACAGAGAUGGAUGACAAUUAUGGAGUCGCUUAGCGUGGUGGUAAUCCUUGUUUGUUUAGAAAAUUUGGCGCAUCUUGACAUGGCAUUGGCAUUGUUGGAUUUAGCUGACUUUAGUUUAAACCAAAGCACCAUACUUGUUGGAUAAAAAAGGUUCCUUUACUGUGUCCAUGGAUCAACCUAGAAAGUGAGACGUAUGUUUCAAGAGAUACUUUGCUGAAGAUGCUACAGUUGAGAUUGCUGUUUUUUUGAAGUAUUACUAUUAUUAACAACACAUUUUACACUUUCAAACUGGAAAUUCCAUUCAUUGUGUUAAAUACAUUUACAACUUUGGCUCUGUUGUUACAGCAAAAGCAACGUAUGAAAUAGGACACAUGGUUUUGUAUUUUAAUGUUAUUUUGAAAGGCGUGUGGUUUCCCAAGUGACCUCUGUUUUACACCAACUGCAGAAAUGAUAAGGGAAAUGAAAAGAUAGUACUAGAAAGAUGCUGUGUAUUUAUUUUUAACACUCAAGGGAAUAACUUGUAUAAUUGUGUUCAUUACAAGUAAUAUCUUUAUAUUACAUAUUAACUUGCUGUAUUUUGUCCUAUUUUUUAUGCUACUGUACUUAAAUGAUUGACACUGUACAGUACAGUUUACAUGCUGGAAUUCUCAUUUGGCUUUUCAGUGGUGAAAACAUGAAUUUGCAGAGGGAUGCGGACUUUCUACUGUAAUAAUAUAUAAAUAUUAUAAUUCACUAAGUCGCAAAAUAUUUAGAGGCAAAGUUAUUACACUGUUUUAGAUGUAGAUGAAUCACACACAUUCCUUAACAGUAUUCUUAAUACUGUGUUUUAAAUAAUGCAAAAUAAUAAUAUGUUGUAAUAGAGUGGAUUUAAUGGGUUUUAGAAACUUGUAUUAUUUGAAUGUAAUUGACAUGACUUCAGUAUAAAGGUUUGUAAAGGUAUAAAGGUUUGUAAUGGUCUGCAUCUAUAUUUUCCAUCUGAGACAGGUUUAAGUUUAUUGCUGGAAACUUCAAAUCAAAGCUUUGUGAAAUAUCAGCCACAACAACUGUUUUAAUUUCCAACAGAUUCCUUCAUAUUUAUUUCUCCUCGUGAAGCUGGUGCUUGUUGAUUUAAGUUGCAGUGAUGCUUGAUGUCCACUAGGUGGCAACAGUGAGCUAUAGUGAUUCAAAGUGUUUCACUUUUGAUUAUUAUAUUAUGUAUUUCUCUCUGUUAAGUUAUUUAGGGUGAAGAGUAGAGAAGUGGAAUUAAGAGUCGGUGCUCAAAGAGUCUUGAAUUUGAAAUGAAAUAGAAAGAUAAAAGAAAGAGAAAACGAAUUUGGUACUCAUCAGGUCCUAAAGUUUGCACAGUGUGUUAUAGAAAAAAUCCCUGGUACAUAUGAGUUUCAUUUAAAAAUGUAUUUUAAUUGUUUUGGUAUUUUACAGGUUGUUUUGUUUUUGUUUUGAUACUAUUGCACUAUCAUCCGUCUUUAAAUUAUUUCUAACUCACGUCUGCGUUAUAAAUGAUGAUGAUAAUGGCAUGGAAAGGAAUUGACAGAGUCCAAGAGUUCACAUAAGCAACUUUAACAGUCAUUAGCACUGUACUGUACAACAGCUAUUUAACUGAAAGUGACUUUUAGAAAGAAAAGGUUAGGACUAAUGUGAGAAACCCACAUGGAAGCUGCAGUCCCAUGAUCUUUUACUGCUGCUUAUGUUUACAAUGUGACUUUCAUUAAUGGAAUAUUAUGUUGAAUUUUGCACAUUUUAUGUUUUUUAUGUGUAAAUUAUGUUUUGUAUUAUUUGUUGAAUAUCGUUUUUUUUUGCAGUUUUGUUUUCAAUUGUAAAAAAAAAAUAUAGAUAGUAACAAGAUAGUUUUAA